AACGUAUAGACAUUUUGGCCAUACAGUAUAAAUUAUAAUGAACUUAAAUGGUGCACAUCAUCUGUGAACAGUUCAGAUGUGUUCAGUCAGUUACAGAAACAGGAAACCCGUUUAAAUUUACGUCAACAGACUCAUUUAACACGUAUUAAUGUUAUGAACAUAAUUCAUCUACUAUAAUUUUAGGCUCAUCAUUUAACUUUCUACAAUAAUAUUCUAUAACAUUGUUCACCUCACUUCAAAACAGAACAAAUAAGGCCCAAAGUGAUAUAUACAUCUACAGGAUCAAAUAAAGUUAUAUGAUUUGCAAAAUAUAUCAUUGUUCACCCCACUCAGUUACAUGACUGACAGGAAUAUUUUCUUCCCAUUUUUGAUUUUUUUUUAGAAUUGUAAUUGAAAUACAAACAAGUGGAGAAGAAAUCAAUGAUUAAACAGUGGGCGUGUUUUCUUUGUUGAAUCACUUCAAUCAUUAAGGGUCGAAGUACAUCUUCUGGGGUAUAAGAAAGGUAAUGCUUUGCUCAUACACGGGAUAUGAGAACUGCAAUAAAAGGAAACACACACACACACACACACACACACACACACACACACACACACACACACACACACACACACACACACACACACGCACGCACGCACGCACACGCGCACGCACGCACACACACACACGCACAAGCGCUGCUGCUGGUUAAGUGUCGUUCGUGAAUAACUCUGUGACCGUCUGCUGCGUUUGGAGCGCGUGUGCAAACGCUAUGGAGACGCGCGCAAUAAAGCAGUAGGCUUACAGGAGAGAAACCCGACUUCCCAGUAACUUCCCAGAGACGAACUUGACCGAGGGGAAACCUGUACACUGAGAUAUGCAGCUGUUGAAGGACACGAAAGGAAACAAGCCUAUACGGUGAUAUGCCACUAGCUUCCAGACUGGCGCGGUUGAAGGCUAUGGAAGAGUCUGGGAACGUGAGUUUCUCCAACUUUUCCAGGCUGGAGAGCGCCGGCACUUCGAGUGGCGCUCAAGCUUUGCGCUUUUCGGUGUCGCUCGUCUACUCGUUUGUGUGCGCCGUCGGUCUGGUUGGCAACGUGUUGGUUUUUUACCUGAUGAGGUCGCGGCAAGGCAGGAGGUCGUCCACGAUCAACCUUUUCAUCCUGAACUUGGCGGCUACCGACUUCCAGUUUGUACUGGUCAUGCCCUUCUGGGCCGUGGACACGGCGCGUGAUUUCAGCUGGCCGUUCGGCCACGUUAUGUGUAAGGUUGUACUCACUGUCACGGUGAUGAACAUGUACGCGAGUGUGUUCUUUCUCACGGCCAUGAGCAUUACGCGCUACUUGGCAGUGGCGUCGGCGCUGAAGGACCGCAGUCGGCAUUGCGUCUGCUCGGGUCGCUGGGUGAGCGCGCUGCUUUGGCUCCUCGCAACGGUCGCCACAACACCCACCAUCAUCUUCUCCACGAAGAAAGAUGUGUUCGGGGAAAACCUGUGCUUGAUGAGUUUCCCCGGUGGUAACCACUGGCUCGGCUUGUACCACUUACAGAAAGUUUUACUCGGCUUCGUUUUCCCUAUGCUGAUCGUGUGCGUGUGCUACGUCUUGCUCCUGCGCUUUUUAAGCCUUCGCAUGAACAACAACCUUCCGAGGAGGAAAACCAGGGUCACCAGAUCAGUCACAGUCGUUGUGCUUUCGUUUUUCAUCUGCUGGAUGCCAAACCAAGCCUUGACUCUUUGGGGCGUCCUGGUGAAACUGGACGUCUUGCACUUUGAUCAAACAUACUACAUGGUCCAGACGUACCUUUUCCCAGUGACGACUUGCCUGGCGCACACCAACAGUUGCUUAAACCCGGUCUUGUACUGCCUCACCAGAAGGGAGUUUAGGAAAAUGCUUAAAGACUUGUUUUGGAGGAUUUCCUCUCCUUCGAUGUCUAAGAGCUGCCAGAUUCGCCCGUUUUCAGCCAGUGUUAAAGGAGAGCCUGAGGACAGCCAGGCUGUGAUUCCACUCAAUGUCUUAGAAAGCGAGCAGUACAGACUGUCUUUGUUUAAUGUUCACUGCGACACCAUUCCUACAGCUCAUGGCUCGCUAUAAGGAGGCAAAAUAAUUGCAAUUAAAAUAGUUUGUCUAUUGUGUCCUGUGUGCUCUGUCAUGUAGAGUUAAAGUAUUAAAUGUCCCCCUAAAUUUGGAUUUGAUCCACUUUAAUGCCAAUCAGCACACAUUCUCAUAAUUAACACAUCAAGGUAAUUAUUAGAUUAUUUUUAAUUUAAAUAAUUAAGUCUUUUUAAUCAAAGUGCGCAUUUGUGUUAACACCGACAUGUAUAAAUUGCUUAUUGCUGCUUUAAUAUCAUAGAUGUAAAUUCAAAAGCUUGACGUUUUGGCUGUUAUCAGAAAAUACACAGAACUUUUUUUGUACAGUGAAAUCUGUUUUGGUGUACAGUGAAAUGUUAAUAACGUUUACAUUACAAUUGUUUUGGGCGGAAACUGAAACAAAACAAGUUUACUAGCUAAAUAUGCCGAACAAUUAUAUUCAGUGUUGUGUAAAUGUCCUAGCAUGUCAAUGUCCCAGUGUUUAGGAUUUAAAUAGACCAAAAUUCCUUCAUUUUUCUUUGUUUGUUAAACGUAUUCAGUCUUUAAAGUUCUGCUACGAAAAUCUUAUGUGUCCUAAUAGUAUACACAUGUUCUUAUUAAUCUAAUGGUUUUGCCCCAAGGGAAAUGAAUGUACACAAAUCUGACAAGGCUUCUGAUCUGUAACGUGUGUAAUAAAGUCUUAUCUUAUCGA